CUGUUUGAGAAUUAUGUAAUAUGUAUUAAAACACGGUCUUAGAAGAUACCUUAAUUAUAAUUUAUAUAAGAUAUAAUUAAUAUAUCUUCUAAGACCGUGUAUUAAAAGUUUAUUUUUGUUAUUUGAAAAAAAGGAAUCGAUUACCUACAAAGUACAUAUUAAUAUCUAGUAGUUUGUUUAGGUAUAUAAUUAUAUUCUUAGAGUAAUGUGAAGUAUAAAUCCAUAAGUAACCUAAUCUUAAUUUAAGUCUAUUGAAUUCAAGUUAAGAGUAAACGAGUAGGACGUCAUCAAUCAGUUUUAAUGGAGUUCAGUAAUUCAGUUCUUGGUUGUUGUAUUUCUAAACCCAUUAACAUAAGACAAUUUAAGACUGAGAAUGCAUAUAAAGUUGAUCAAAUCAAAAUGUCAAAGAUCAAUGAUCGUACAGUAUUUGAAAAAUUAAAAUCAAUUAAUCCAAAUGCAGAUUUAACGCAUUUACCAGAUGAUAUAAACAAGUGGGAAACAGAAUUACAGAAAUAUAAUUUUCAAGAAGUGUUUGAUUCACCAGAUGCAUUAUGUGCUCGUUAUGUUUUCCCCAUCUACGACACUACUAGUAAUAAUCUUCAAUCACUUAAAAUUAUGAAAAGUGAUUUCUAUCAGAUAAAAAAAACAAAAUUAUAUACUCCACUUCCUAGUUUUACUCCAAGAGGUUAUAUUAUACCUGGUGAAACUUUAUUAAUUACAAUUUCAAUUUAUUAUCCAUUUCAUUGGACGAAACAUCAAUUUCCUGAUGAAGCUAUUCUUCCACGUUGUAAAAAAACCAUUCAAUUUUAUGAUGAACAAACUCUUCAGGAUUUGAAACAAGGAUUUAAAUGUGAAAAUGAAGAAAGUGAAAUCAGUGGCGAUAUAAGCAAAAAUCCACAUAAACCAUUAGAAUACAUAGUGAACUCAGAUUUGAAGCAUGGGUUGUUUUACAUCAAUAAUAAUUUAUAUGUCGACACGCUACCUGAUAGAAGUACACAAAUGUAUGCACAAACAAUGAAAAAAUGGGCUUGUGAUAAUGGUAGACCUAUUACGAAUAUAUUAUCAAUGGAUACUAAACUUCUAGACUUAGAAAUAUGCAUUGGCCAACCUUAUGUUUAUCAACAUUUAGGACGUUGUGAACAUCUAUUUAUUUUUAAUGAAAUCAGCUUUGCUAAAUCUAAUGAUUGUCUUGGUCAAUCCGGUUAUCCAAGAGUCAUCAGUGUAGCAAAAGAAUUAUUAAAGAACUGUAUAUUUUGCUCUAAAAAUGUAGCAAGUGUUGUUAUGCUGAAUCAUGACGAAAGAACUCCAGUAACUGUAAAUCACAUGUGUGAACCUUGUUUUAAAUCAUAUAACUAUGAUCAUUUAGAUGAUAAAGUAUCAAAUUUUAAAGCUUUUAGAUGUAUAAAAUGGAGAAAAUAACUCAAUAACAUAUUAAGUGUUAAUAAUUAACUUACAAAUAAUAAUCCAAAUGAUAAUUUUUUUAUGAAAAAUUAUAUUUCUUAUUAUUUAGUUGUUAAAUAUCUCUAAGUUAAAAUACUUAAUCUUAAAAUUAUAAACCCAAGACUUUUAUUUUGUAUUUUAAUAAUUUUUAUCUAAUAAAUUACUGUAAAUAUAUUUUAUA